CUAUCUCAGGGGGUGGCAGUAAUUUGCCCCAUAAUUAUUAUUAGACUCGCGUUAAAUUGGUCUCAUAAAUUAAUGCAGAUUGACGUGACGAAGAACAUGGAAGAAGGAGAAAAAAGACUCAAUCAACUCUCGAUCGAAGAACGUGGUAAGUUUGACGAGGAGACGCUUGUCAACUUCAACAACAUGAAGAAGCAAAGCUCAACAAUCCGUAGACCAAUUGACUUCAGAAACGAGCAUAUAGUCGUAACUAUCUUGUUAGCUGCUGAAGAAAAACUAAAGUUGCCUUGUAUAAAUAACAGUAAAGAUUUGAAAGAAGCUUUACAAAAGCUGGCAUCCAUACCAUCAACUACAACUAAGGCAGUCGAGGUACUGUGGACCCCACAAGAUGAAUACGAUACUCUAUCAGAAGAGGAAAUGCUUCGUGAUUACCCUUUACUACGGACUUUUUAACAAUGUAACGUUUGAUACAUAUUACUUGUGGAACCACUUUCACUAUUAGUUCAUGUAAAAAAGUUAGGGUAAAUAGCACUUAACCCCCCUGUGAUUACAAGCUUUUGCAGAUGAUCCCCUUGUGCUCGUAAUAUCAUGCACAUAAA